AUGGAUAGAAAAAGAAGGCAUGAAAGUGAGCGUUCAAGUGCAGGACCAUCUUCAGACAACCAGAGUGAAGGAACUAUCAAGAAAAAGCCAAAAGUUCUUGAUGAUUGUGCCAGUUCGUCGGAGUUUGAUGACUACGAUUUCUGGUUAAUUAAAAAACCAGUCUCAGUUAGCCCCGAAUCUUUAUCAAACCUGAAGUUUCCGUCAGUUGGAAAAGAAAAGAAGAAAUCGUUUGCUUCAUCCAGUGAAGAGAACUGCGUUUUGCGAUGUCAGUUCGUGCCGGCUAAUGCGCAACUAUUAUAUGUCCCAACCUCUCACGUUAGAACCCAAAAGGAAGCAAUGAAUAUGAAAGCGGUUGCUGAAAUUGGUGGUGUAUGUUUAAUAAGCAAGUUCCAAUCAGAAGCCUCUCUAAGUGCUUCAGGUGGAAGUAGUUGCCCGAUUGAGAUUAAUUCUAUAAGGAAGAAACCGGAGCCUUUAGUUACAAAAAGUCGAUCACAGUUAAAAGCUUUUGGCGUUCGGCAUAGGAAGAAGAAAAGAAAAUUAUGCAACCUAAAGUGA